AAGAGUCCACAACCCAGUGUAAACCAGGUCUGAACCAGGUCUAACCUAGGACUAAACCAGGACCCGGAGCAUGGAGCGAGUGAUCCUAUUGGUCGUCCUGUCACUGGGCGUGAGCUCUCAGCAAAUAACAGACAGCCAGCGUUUGUUUACGAUCGCCGUGAGCCGCGUCCAGCACCUGCACAUUCUUGCACAGCGCUACUUCGGAAACUUUGAGAGUUCUCUGGGUCCUGACGAGAAGCGUCAGCUCAAUAAAAUUUUUCUCCAGGAUUUUUGUAACUCUGAUUACAUCAUCAGCCCCAUCGACAAGCACGAGACACAGAGGAGCUCAGUGCUGGAGCUGCUGCUGGUGUCGUAUCGUCUGGUCGAGUCUUGGGAGGUUCCGUCUCGGUCACUCGCAGCUUUGUCCAGAGACCAGAUCUCAGGCAAACUGACCGAGCUCAAGACUGGACUCCAGCUACUCAUCCGGACCAAUCAGGAGGCAGCGUUCGUGGAGGGGGGCGUGGCCUUGGGUCGCUUUGAGGAUUAUGACCAAAGACCGGACCAGAACCUGAGGAGGAACUAUGAACUGCUGGCCUGUUUCAGGAAAGACAUGCACAAGGUGGAGACUUACCUGACGGUCGCCAUGUGUCGCCUCUCGCCUGAGGCCAACUGCACACUGUAGCCCCGCCCCCUGGAGUAUAGCCCCGCCCCUGGCACC